UGCCCCGAGGCUCGCGCUAUAUCGAGAUCCCUCCCGCGAGUCUCUUGGCUCGUCUUGGCGUAGCAGCGUUGCAUCUUCCUCGGCGACCUCGGGGAAGAACAAAACGAUAAACGAGUGUUCGGAUUACUUUUUCUCCCCUUUGCUCGCUCGCUCACUCUCUCUCGUAUUCGAAGCUUGCGCUCGUUUUUCUCUGGCUCUUCCUCGCGCAUCGUUUCCAUCGUUUUUCGAUCCCGUGUAAGGAAGCAUGCACGAAUUCGAGUGCGUUCACGUCCGUCAAUCCGGAUGUCGAGAGCUUUUUUACCUCGGUGACGAGUGCCGCGUAGCUGGGAUGGUGCAAUAAGAGGAUGGAAAAGCCAACGACUUCCGGGCUGCUGCUGCUGCUGCUGUGAGGAGCACGAAUACGCGGAAGAGGAAAUAAAAGUGAGGCCGAAGACGAGCCAAGAGCCAUGGGCAAUUCACCGGGCAAAAACUACCUCCCGAGGCACUCCGGGACCGGAAGUAGCUCCAGAAGGGUGCACUGGGGCAGUGCAGCUCUUCCAGCGGCACCUGGAAAGCCGAUAUUGAUUCCUGCCUCGACGGAAGACACGCAGCCGGAUGUGGUCGGUAUACGUUGGGAAAGAUCGCCGAGCAACGGUGGAUCGGCGAUCGUUGGUUAUCAAGUUGAGCACCGUCGCCUGGGAUCGCCUUAUUGGGUGAGAUCUUCGCCCUCGCUUUGCACCUUUCCGGAGUUGACUCUGAGCGGCCUGGAGCCUGGUUGGCGGUAUCAGUUUCGGGUGAGGGCGAGAAACGGACUCGGAUUGUCGGAGCCGAGUGAAUUGUCGGAUCCGCUGACGGUCACACUCCAGAGAUCCGUUGCCUCGGCCCCGCGGUUUGAUCUGGAGCUCAACGAUACCGUCGCACUGGAAAACGAUCAGGCGGAAUUCACGAUCCAUUUUUCUGGGACUCCGUUGCCCAAGAUCUCGUGGUUCAAAGACGGUUUCGAGAUAUUCAGCAGCCGGAGAACGAGGAUUAUAACUGAGAAUGGAAAAAGCCAGCUGCUCAUUCACCAAACAGCUUUGAACGACGAGGGAGAAAUCAAAUGCACUGCUACAAACCGAGCUGGCCACGUCAGCACCAAGGCUAAACUCGUGCUCGAAGCACCCCCAAAAAUUCGUCUGCCACGUCAGUACGAAGACGGUUUGCUGUUCGAGCAAGACGAAACGAUUAGAUUAAAAGUAUCCGUCGCCGGACGUCCCCUGCCAAUAGUCACGUGGUACCACGACAAUGAGAUCGUCGCAGCCGACGCCGAACACAUUUUAGAGACAUCAGAAAGUGGAGAAAGCGCGUUAAAAAUAACAGCGGCCAAACGCAAAGACAGAGGCGAAUAUACGGUCAGAGCAACAAACAAAUUAGGCGAAGACGUUGCCUCCUUUCUUGUCACGGUCACCGAUCGCCCCUCAGCUCCCGGCAGAGCUACCAUCGCUAUGACUCUUGGAAGAUCCGUCACUCUCACCUGGAACGAGCCUGAGGACGAUGGGGGAUGCAAAAUUGGUACUUACAUCGUCGAAUAUUACAGGAUCGGCUGGGAUAUGUGGCUGAAGGCAGCUACGUGCAGGCAACCGACGACAACUCUGAGCGAAUUGAUCGAAGGUUCGGAGUACAGAUUUCGAGUGAAAGCCGAGAAUCCUUACGGCGUUAGUGACCCAAGCGACGAGAGUGACGUUGUUUUCAUACCUGAUCCAAAAAGAGGUAUAAACUCACCGCCCAGACGACCGGACAAGACCCAGAGUCAGCACGAAAUUCGCCGAGGCAGAGGCGCCGAAAGGCGAGAUGAAAAUUUCAACGAGCCAACCAAAAGGACGAGAAGCUUAACGCGCGGAGAGACAAUACGCGGCGAACCAGGGGACGGUUUUGAGGGUGGUCCGCCCACGCGAUCCGCGUCGGCGCACCGCCUUCCCGGCGGGCCUAUCCCACCUGCUCGACCCUCCAGGGCCGACAGCAGGGUCACUUUUGCCGACACCGUUUUUCUACACGUCGAAAAACCCCUCGAAGAUUCGUCCACGCCCAUUCGACCAAAAACCAAGAGGGAUAAGAAUCCUAACCUUGGGGAUGAUGCCGCAUUGAAUGCAGCGAAAAUAGAUAAAGCACAAAUGGAAGCUGAGAAGAGGGAGAACUCCCCAAAAAUCGCAACACAGCCGUCGUUCGACGAUUCCGGAGGUCGGAAUAGCGUGCCCAGGGAGAGUAGCGUGGCCGCGACCUUGAGAGGAAGAUCCAUGUCACCUCUAUCGUCGUCGAAGCUUCAGGACUUGGCAGCAAACUCGAAGACGAACGAAACGCCGGCGAAAGCAGCUUCCCACUUUUUCGAUUCGACAUCGCCAAGAGAAUCUUUAGAUUUGGAGGACGAUGGGGAACGAUCGUUGCGUGGAAGCUCGGAAUUUAUGCUCGUGCUAUAUCCGGACGAAAAUCCAAGUUGCCAGGAUGGGAAAGGCCACGUCCGGAGCGACUUGGAGCUUCUUGAGAGGAGCCGGCUGCGUCCGACGCUUUCCGAAGGUGACGCCGAGGGCGAGGAUGAUGAAGAAGAAGAUUUGGUGGCCCCGCCGAUGUCGCUUUCCCUGCCCGAACUCUUCAGCGCGAACCACCAGGUCGUCGAGGUGUUACGCGAGGCGGUCAGUUCGACGGAGUUGCUCCACGAGAGAGCGAUGGAAAGGUUCUAUCGAGCUGUGGCACUGGAGGAAGCUGAGUUGGCGAAGAAGAAGGAGGGCUCGGAGGAAAAGCGUCGAGGAACAUCGCCGUUGGAGUCCGAAGCGCCGAGUCUUUCGCCGAGUUCAAUGAGACUGAGAAGCACGAGAUUGCGAAGAAGACCGUCGAGUUCGGGUUCACCCGUCCAGGGUGGAAGUGGCGCGAAGGUUCCUUGGAAUCGUCGAAGGUCGAGCGAAGGUCAAACGACGAUGACGAAGACGAGCUCCGGUCUGCCGGCAACGCUCCUGUUGCCGACGCCAGAAUUGGUCGCCUCGGAUCCGAAUUUGUCGAAGCUCGAGACGGAGCUCGACGGGGCAGAGUUUCAAGGAGGAAGGACGCAGACGCGUGACUUCGACAGCCCCCUAGGAAAUCUGUCAGGACCCGAGCACUCGAGUCUCCACCACUGGGACGAAAAAAGCAUGCCGUUGAUGCCGAGCGAAGCGGAGGAGCCAGUGAAGCCCGCGAACGAAGGUCCAGCGGAGCGUCAGAAAAACGAGCCGCUCUUCGAAACGUCGAAUCUCGUCAGGGUCAACCGUGCCGAGCAGCUGUACGAGGUCGAGAGCGAAGAGGAGCUCGAAGACGAGGAAGAAGGAAGCGAAAGCGAGGAGGACUUGAAGCUACUGAAAUCCCGGAUCCUCGCACAGCCAGUGGUCGACGAAGAGGACACUUAUCACCCCCGAGGAAGACCGACUCCCCACGUCGCCAGCCCCGAACCAGCCUCGACUCAGGCGGCCGAGCACCGGGGCCCGAUGACCCCGAACAACGUGAACCAGCAGCCGAAAUCGAUAUUGAAAAAGCGCACGGAGGAGGAUCCGAUUCCGGUAAAUCGUUUCGGCAGACCGAUACCCCCGGAAAUGCCUCUGCCUGAUAAACAACCGAGAAGAAGCGACGACGAGCUCGAGGAGCCCGGCAACGGUGUGACCAUGAGAAAAAAGUCGCUCACCGGCGUGCCGGAAGCCAUGAAGAACCCAAUGCUCUCCGACCUGGACAAGGACAACGCGACUCUCCUGUCUACCGCGGAAGCUGCUCGUAGUCGCAGAAGAAUGUCGUCCCAAGCCCCGGCUCUGCCGAGGAAAACUUCCUACGAAGAGGAGGAAGAUCUUCAAGCGAGGAUGGCCGUGAUCGAUCACUACACAGAAAUCGUCAGGGAAUAUUCGCUGGCGCAUUCGGUCCACCCGCCGCCGGUCCACCAACGCAGCAGCAACGCUUCGACCCCGAGCUUGGAGCAGCCUCGCAAGCUGCCCUCUUUCGAUUCGUUCGACCGGAGCGAAUCGGACCGCGCGAGUUCCGUGUCCCCGAUGCCGAUGUUGCGUCGCGACGUUUCCGUCGAGAAGCAAGCUCCGGCAUCGAAGAAGGAGCAUCUUCCGAGCUCGCGAAAAAAUAGCGGCGGCUCGAGAGCAACGACCCCGGCGAAGGAAACGAAGAGCACGAAGGAGCCUCGAGCCAGCAGAAGGAGUUCGAGAACCGAGUCCCCGGGUAGGAGAUCGAGGAACGUCUCGACCGAGAGACCGAACGCGGGCUCAAGGUCGUCCUCGAAAACGAGGAACCGCGAGGUCUCCCAAGACCGGAGUUCCUCGGGGACGACGGGCGGGAUGAGAAACCGGGAAAAAUCGAAAGACCGGAGCGCCCCGGGCUCGAGAUCGUCCUCGAAGACUCGAAACCGCGAUGCUUCCCGGGAGAGGCCACCCUCGAGGUUGAAAAAGGAGCGAAGCGUCUCGCAAAGCCGAACGCCAUCUCGAGCCAGCUCGAAAGAGCGCCACAGAAACGUUGACCAGAGUCCAAGCGAUUCCGAAGCGUCCUCACGAAUGUCUACAAAAAAGAAAGGCGAUACCACGCGAUUGGAACGCUCCGGUCGACCUGCUUCCAGAACGCGACGACCCUCGAUCGCCACCAAAGAAACUCAAAACGGCACCGAGAUCGUUGACAGUCAAAUCGACGAACGCCUCGUCGCCGACGUCACGAAAAAAGUCCGAUCAACCAUGAGCUACGCGACCGACCUGACGCUCCUGGUCGCUGCCAUUUACGUUUACCUCUUCAAGAAGGAAAUCCUCGCCGUUCCUCUCAUCGGGCUCCUGCUCUAUCGACGCAUCCAGGAAGACGUUCACUCCUGGAUCCCCGAGCGUUGGAGGUCGACGCCCAAAAACCCCAAACGCUGAACCCCUCCGCAGAAUCCCGUGUUUCAUCACCUCGCUUCAUCGUAAUCAUCCCGACCAAAGAGUUUUAUCACGCGAGAGCCAAAGACCUCGGAGAGUCGCGGAGUCUCCACGCUUCUGUAUCGACCUCGUUGCGCUGCUGUCACCUGCAUCAAUUAAUAUAUUUAUUAUGUUGUAAUCUAUCGAUGUGUAUUGUACAUAAUUGUCGUAAUAUAUCGUCAGCUUCUGAUA